CACCUCACACACCUCAUGUCCUCUCUGUCCUUGCCCCCCAUCCGGCUUCAAGCGGUGGCUGUCCUCGCCUGCCCCGGCUCCCCGUGUCUGCGUGGUGGGCAGCGGGCCUGCGGGGUUCUACACAGCUCAGCACAUCCUCAAGCACCAUGGUGGGGCACAAGUUGACAUCUAUGAGAAGCUGCCUGUUCCCUUUGGGCUCGUCCGUUUUGGGGUGGCCCCAGAUCACCCUGAAGUGAAGAACGUGAUCAACGCCUUCACGCAGACGGCGCGCUCGGGGCGCUGCGCCUACUAUGGCAACGUCACCGUGGGCAGGGACGUGACGGUGGCAGAGCUGCGGCAGGCGUACCACGCCGUGGUGCUGAGUUAUGGUGCUGAAGAUAACCGGGUCCUGGGGAUCCCAGGGGAGAACCUCUCUGGUGUAUAUUCAGCCCGAACAUUUGUGGGCUGGUACAACGGGCUGCCUGAGAACCGGGAUCUGAAUCCUGACCUGAGCUGUGAGACAGCGCUGAUUCUGGGUCAUGGCAAUGUGGCGCUGGAUGUUGCCCGGAUCCUCCUGUCCCCACUGCAGCUCCUCAGGAAGACAGACAUCACUGAUGGCUCCUUGGCAGCUCUUGCCUGCAGCAAGGUGAAGCGUGUCUGGCUGGUUGGGAGGAGGGGACCUCUCCAAGUUGCUUUCACUAUCAAGGAGCUGCGGGAGAUGAUAAACCUGCCUGGUGCCAGCCCUGUGCUGAACCCUGCUGACUUCACAGGCCUCAAGGAUGCUGUUAAAGAUGCCGCCAGGCCCAGGAAGCGCCUGACUGAACUGAUGAUCAAAACAGCCCUGGAGAAGCCUCCGGAGAAGCCAUUGGAGACGGUGCCCCCCCGGGAAUGGGGGCUGAAGUUCCAGCGCAGCCCCCAGGAGGUGCUGCCCACGGCUGAUGGGACACGGGCGAGGGGUGUCCGCAUGGCCCUGACCCGCCUGGAGGGCUCGGGUGACUCUGCCAAAGCCAUCCCCACUGGAGACACGGAGGAGCUGGAGUGUGGGCUAGUGAUCAGCAGCAUUGUAAAGGACCCAGCAGUGCCCUUCGACACCCAGCGUGGCAUUAUUCCCAACAGCUCAGGCAGAGUGGAGGGCGUCCCAGGUCUGUACUGCAGCGGGUGGGUGAAGAGAGGACCCACGGGUGUGAUCAUCACCACCAUGAACGACAGCUUUGACACUGCCCAGUCUCUGCUGGAGGACGUGCAGGGGGGUGUGCUGGAUGUGUCCACCUCCAGAGAAGGCUUUGGGGCUAUGGAGAGCAUCCUGCGCAGCCGAGGGGUCCGUCCUGUUUCCUUCUUGGACUGGGAGAAGAUAGAUGCUGCUGAAGUGGCAAGAGGCAAAGCUGCUGGCAAACCCCGAGAGAAGAUCGUGGAUCCUCAGGAGAUGCUGCGGCUCAUCGGUCACUAA